ACCUACAAGCCAGGUUCAAGUCUCGAGCUCCUCUCUGGAUUAAUAUUUCAACUUCACGUCGUUUCUUGAGAAAGUGGCGGAUCUGCGGCAGCGAACCGCUUCGUUUUUUUCUCGUUUAGGAAAGGAAUUACCGUGUUUAUAUGCGGUUUCAAAGCGGCUGAACGACGCUGAUUCCUUUGCUGCGAGGCUCCGUUCCACGUGACAACAGGAUUAGCAUGAGGUCUUCACCAGCCUGACUGCUUGCUCUCCAUGUAGGAAAAUGCUCCAGCAGAGAGCCAGUCAUUCACAGGCCGCUGCCGGUGAUGUCAGACAAUGUUUUUGGAUUGCGAAGUCAGGCGGCUGCUGGAAUUCACUCGGGUGUUUGAGGAAUUCCAAAAACUAUUUGACAGCUCAGUCCGAAGUGCAGAAUGUCACAGGCUCUUGCGUGCUUUUUCCAUGUUUCAUGGUGUGUGUGUUAUUGCCUCCGCAGGUCAUCAGUGAUUGGAGUGGCAUCUGUGGGGUCAGGAAAGUCCCUCCUCUCCUGCCUAUGACAUGGUUUAGCCCACACAAGAGCUGGUCACCACAAUGGCCUCCAUGGUUGCCAACGGAAACCAAGACGGACAGCCCCACGUCUUGAAGGGGGUGGAUCCAGAGACAUGCAUGAUUGUGUUCAAGAACCACUGGGCUCAGGUGGUGAAGAUCCUGGAGAAGCAUGACCCCCUCCGCAGCAGCUCCUCCCUGGGCAUCAUCAACCUCAACGUCGGCUCCAAUGGCGGCGCCCGUUUCGGCGCCAUACCCGGAGACGAGGCGAGUGCAGUGCAGAACUAUGUGGAGCACAUGCUGUUCCUCAUGAUGGAGGAGGAGUGCGGUCAGGCCGGAGCCAUGGGCCCCAUCCUGGAGUUCGUGGUGAUGGAGAACGUGAUGGAGCGCCUCUUUGUGUGGAGCCUCCGGAGGGAGUUUACCGACGACAUGAAGCUGGAGCAGCUGAAAAUGUACGAAAUGCUGGUGGGUCAGGCCCGUCAGCCCUUGCUGCAUCACAAACCCAUCCUGAGGCCUCUGAUGAUGCUGCUGUCGUCCUGCUCUGGCACGGCGGCGCCGGAAGUGGAGGCCGAGCUGGUGCUGCUUCUCAACCAGCUCUGCUGCGUGCUGGCCAAGGACCCUUCCAUUCUGGAGCUUUUCUUCCACACCAGUGAAGAUCAAGGAGCCACCAACUUCCUCAUCUUCUCCCUGCUCAUCCCCUUCAUUCACCGGGAGGGCGCCGUCGGCCAGGAGGCUCGAGACGCCCUCCUGCUCAUCAUGUCUCUGUCGGCUGAGAACCAGCGGGUGGCUCGGCAUGUGGCCGAGAACACCUACUUCUGUCCGGUUCUGGCCACAGGUCUGAGCGGCCUGUACUCGUCUCUUCCCACCAAACUGGAGAUUCCACAUGAGGAGUGGCACUGCCUGCACAGGGAGGACUGGCUCAAGAUGCCACCUCUGGUCCAGUUCCUCAACUCACUGGAAUUCUGCAACGCUGUCAUUCAGGUAGCCAACCCUGAUAUCAGGAACCAGCUGGUCAGCUACAUCUACAAUGGAUUCCUUGUUCCUGUACUGGCACCCGCUCUCCACAAGCUGACACUGGAGGAGGUCAUGGCCACCACGGCCUACCUGGACCUCUUCCUCCGGACUGUUACCGAGCCGGCUCUGCUGCAGACCUUCCUCUCCUUCAUCCUCCUUCACCGCCACGAGAACGUCCACAUCUUAGAUACGCUGGUCAGCCGCAUCAACACUCCCUUCCAGCUCGGAACUGUGUCGCUGGCGCUCUUCCGCACUCUCAUCGGUUUGCACUGUGAAGACGUGAUGCUGCAGCUCAUCCUGAGGUACCUCAUUCCCUGUAAUCACAUGAUGCUGAGCCAGAGACGGGUAGUGAAGGAGAGAGACUGCUACUCCGUGUCGGCAGCCAGGAUCCUGGCUUUGACGCCGUCCUGCUGCUCUCCAGAUCACAGCCCGCCGCCUCUCAGACAGCUUGAAUCCAUCUUGUUUUCCAAAGGUGCAGAGGCAUCCAGUGAAGCCAGGAGCAAGGCGGGGAGAUCUGUUUUCUCUGAAGAGAUGGACGACUCUGGUAACUCUUGCACCAUCGGCUCAGAGAUCUACUUGGAUGUCAGCUACCUCCACUACCUCCACGAUGCUCACCUGAGCAUUGCCAGCUGCAUGGAGGCCUGCCACUCAUGGUCGGCUCUAUACGACGGUGAGGACCCGCCUCCUGAGAAGUACCAGCCCGGGGUCCUGGAGGAGCCUGGGAGCCUGAAAUUUCGGCAAAUCCAAAUAGCCCUGAAACGGGAUCCAAAGUUGCCAGUGAAGCCUCAGUCAGAGCCCCCGUCUACGGUCCAGCUGGAGCUGGAGUGGGAUGAUAGUUUCGACGUGUGUCCGGUGCAAACCCCUGACGCCUCCGCGGAGAGUAAAGCGCCAGAUGUGCCCUCAGAGGAGCCUCCACAGUACAUUCAAGAGAUGAGGAGAACAGCCACCUUGAUAGUAAAAGGCUCCUACAUCGAGGAGUCUGAGUUCCAGGACGACGUGAUGGUCUAUGAUCUGGUUGCCAAGAAAGAUUCCCGAGUUGUGGAGCGGAAGUUCAAGGCGGAAUCCUCUGAGGGAGUCCCUGUUGAAAACGGACUGGCACCUGCAACUUCGGACGACAAGAAGGAGGUGAAGAGCAAAGGUCAAGCCGACUGUAACUCCAACUUCCAAACCAGCUCCGCGCCCAACGUGGGUGAAGACCUUCUGGUUCAGUAUGAGAAUCUCAUCAAGAAUCUAGAGCCGGAGAAGCAGCAGAAACUGGAUCUGAAGUCGAGAAGACGAACCACAUCAGUGGAGGAGGAGGAGGAGGAGGGGGAGGAGGAUGAAAUGGAUUUCAGCUCCUUCUCGGCGGAGACCCCGGAGCCUGAGAGGGUUGCCACGCCUUUCGGUGGAACCUUUGCGCAGAGAAGCACCAGCAGAAGCACCGCAGUGCCUUUCACAGGUCCCUUUGUCAGCGUCCUGCUGUCCCGCCUGGAGAACAUGCUGUCCAACUCCCUCCACGUCAACCUGCUGCUGACCGGGAUCCUGGCCCAGCUGGCCGCCUUUCCUCAGCCGCUGCUGCGCUCCUUCCUGCUCAACACCAACCUGGUCUUUCAGCCGACGGUUCGCUCGCUUUACCAGGUUCUGGCCACGAUAAAGAACCAGAUCGAAGCUCUGGUGGGCUCCAGGAAGGACUUUCCUCAGCAGAUCGUUGCUGCUCAGCAUUGGCUGCUAGCCAGAGAGACCUCGCUCGCAGCAGGCGACACAGACCUCGCCGCCAGCAGCAAGGCCGGAAAACUCCUGUCCAGCUCGCCGUCUCCCAAGCCCAAAGCCAUAUCUCUGGAGGAGACGGAAGUGUUCGGCACCGUCCUCUUCUCCGAGUUCCUCAAAGAACUGGCCUCCCUUGCACAAGAGCACUCCAUCCUCUCAUACAUUCCUAUGGAAGAGUAGAACUGUUUUAAAGUCAUUUGUUUUUUUAUAUAUAUAGAAAAUGAUAUUUAUUUUCUGAGCAGACAAUCUUUAACGGUUCCUUUUUAAAGGUCGCUUUAUGAUCUCCGAUCUUCUGGUGGUGGUGGGGAAACACCCAUCUGGUGUUAGAAAUUUGACUCACAUCUCACAGAUCCUAUGCAAGUUUUGACUCACGGCCUCAGCCGUCACGGCACGACGGGUUCUUGUUCCGUCUCGGUACCUCAGGAUUCACCCUUCUCUCACCUCCGGCACGUUUGGAUGCACCUCUGGACUCGGCUGAUCGGAUCCUCCCUCAUUUGCCUUACAGCUACACGACUAUUAAAGAUGAUAAUAUUUUGGGUGGAAUCUUGCUUGGGUGGGUAUUUAAGCUCUUUUUUUUUUCUUCUGAAAAACGCCAUAUUUGUUUCCUUCCAUUUAAACCAUCAGUUUGAGGCGAGUUUGGGACUGUUACUAUCUUUAUACGGAUUUCCUAGUAGAGAUGUAUUUUGUUAUAAAAUGCCUCUAAAAUAAACUGAAAUGUAUGGG